AUGGCAGCCCGGCAGGCACUCAGGUUUCAGAAGAUCCUUGACUUUGACAUCAAGGGCAAACUUGAAGGCUGGCGGAAUGAGGAGUCAGCAAAGCAAGUGGCCCAAGCACAAAACCAGGCGACAAGCACCCAGAAAGAACCAGGUCCUCGGGUGUCCAAAGUUCAGUGGUGCCGAGUGAGGGACUUCAUUCUGGGAUCCUACCUCAGUUAUCCAGGGAAUUCGGAGGAGGCCAACGCUCUAUCCCCCUCGACGCCUGGCCUGGGAGGGUGUGGAGUUUGCGCUCAGCAGCCCAGCGCCCUGCGUUUCGCCGCACGCCCUUCCGUGCCGCGCUACCGAGCCUCCCGGGCGUCUGGGGCUCCCCGGGUCCCUCGCUCCGCCCAGGUGCGAUGUGGGGAGGGGCGGGAGAGGGGGGCGGGGGCUCCCACUGCAGCCUCCGCCCCCUGCGCUGUCCUCCAACCAGUUGGGACCGAGGUCUACUCGCCAGGCGCUGGGACUAUCCCCAACCCACCACCCAAGCCUGCCGCCGGAGUACCGGAAUCCCCUUCCCACCCUGCGGCCGUGGAAACAUCCCUAACUCCCCGGCGCGGGGCAGGGACUGUGGGCGUGGGAAGUGGAAAGGUGUGGAAGCCGGUGUCGGAGAAAGGAGGGGACACGGGGGUCCUCUUCGAGCAGGGAAAAGCUCCCCUGGUCCCUGAUCUGACCACUCAGUCACCGCCCAAGAUGCCAACGUACACAGAAUCGGGAGGUCUGUUUCUCCCGGGGAGAAAGGUCGCCCCAUCCCAGGCACCCAGAAGCCUGCCUUCCCAAGGCCUCCGGGGCCCGGCAUUCCAGGGCUCGGGUCUGCCCCUCUGCUUUUCUCAGGAUGACUUUGAACGUGCAGCCGAAAUGGAGUCUGUAUGUCCCCGAAGAAAGUGUGUGUACGAUUAAAGCAAAU